AUGGACUUCUCACUGGCUGCACUGGAGAAUGAGUGGGCAAAGCUGACCAAUGUUUACGCUAUCCCAACGGCAUGGCUCAGUGUCGACCUCCAUCGCAUCUCCGUAUUGUCGGAGCGCAAACUGAUUCCCCAUAGUUCUGAGAUGACCCUGUUGCGCGGGCGUAUUAUUCAGGAGGUCUCUUGCAAACUAUGCCAACAAAGGAUUGGAGUCCUGUGUCCAUUCGACAAUGGAAUGAAUAUCCUGUGGAAAAUGAACAAGGUUGCAUUUAGGGAAAUUGUUACCAUGCGGACCGUGCAGCCUCUGUUCAAGCAGGGGACCCUCGAACGCCUCCUUUGUCCGACCCCUAAAGAACCACCACGCCGAAACUCAGAAAUUGUCCAGGACAGUGCGCUUGUGCCAGCGGGCGUCUCUGACCCCGCCAACCUCGAUUCGUCAGUACAAAGGCAGAUGCUCAGUCAAGGCAGAAGCAUCGAUCAGAUCUCGAACUCCGUGAAUCACCUACAAGAUACAAUGUCAGACCUCAAGCAUUCCUUCACCGCUCUUCGAAUUGAGUUGAACGGACCAAACAGGCAUAUUGGAGAGGGAUCCACCCUCCAGGGGCAUGAUUUCGAUAUGAUUGCUACCGUUCUCAAGGAGCUCAAGUCCAAAUCUGACGAAAUUGAGAAAUUGAAGUUGGAGAUUGAAGCUUUGAAAUUAAAAAACCGUUACAUGGGAGGGAUCUCGCCACAACCACAGCAAGACUCGUUGUCUGUAUUGAACAUGAACGCUGCACUCCCUGAAGUUCGGAGCCCGGGCUUGCUCCAGGCAGGCCGGAAGCGCACUUGGCCCGACGCUUUCCCCAUUGAUCGCGGCCAAUCAUUUGGCACUUACUUUGAUGAAAACGAUAUGACUGACGAUUCGGACCCGUCAUUUCCAGCUGUCCGUGAAUCUCGUGCUGUGCUUAACGAACAACAACGGCGUGCCAUUACCAGCGGCCAGUCGGAAUAUGGGGCGGGCUCAGGGCUUCAGUUGGAGGCUUCCCAAACGCCUCAGAAUAGAACCAAUAACACAAACCGAGCCCAAUCCCAGCCUGCACAGCAAUCCAUAGCGAAACGCCCGCGCCACAACCCGCCACAUGGCGACAACCCGGAAAUAGCUCCAGCACAAGCUCCUGCACCGAGAAGACCCGGCAGACCCAGAAAGUCAACCAACCCGCCCCCAAAUCCCAAUCCCGACACUCCACAACCUCCAAAUACUACCCCUUUAAACAGUCAGGGAAUCAACACCGAUUCUACUGGUCAACCAGGCACACGCCGGCAAUCUCGUCGCAGCCUGCGCCCAACAUCUCCCAACCCAUCCAUCGGCGAAAAUGACGAAAAUGGCCAAGAUGUCGCGUCUGAUUCCCAUCAAGCACCCAACAAAAAAAACAAGCGCCUCACUGGUUCGCCGAAUGGAAGUCGAACGGGCGCUCCAGAGGAUACUGCGGACGAAGUCGCUAUGAAUGAGAAGCGUAAAGCCAAGGUCGCGGCGCGGGACGUCAUGGCUAGAAUGGCUUUACAGCAGGAAGAAGCUCGGGAGGCAGGCCAUACACGAUAG